AUGAAAAUGGUUUUAGAAGCCUUCAAUUCAACCUGAAAGACUCGAUAGGCAACCUUAGAUUAAUUCAUUAAUUCAUUACGGUUACAAGACCGCAUUUCCGUGAAUAGGCUAUUAUUGUCAAGGCGAAGACGAAAGAGAUCUAGCAACUUAGAAUAUAUGGAUCUCGUUAUGCAUGUUCAUGUUGAUUCAGAGAUAGACAUAGACUACCGUGGGCUACUGUGCGUCAAUAUAACAGCAUUUUAUCAUGUGGUGAAUUAAUGACUAACGUCAGUUUAACAUGUCAGAACUUUUGAUCGGCGUUUCAAGUGCAUGCCGCGAAUAAAUGAACUCGACUGACUGAAUCCUUUAUAUUUCUUGGCUAAGUGCGAAGAGAUUGACACUCGAACUGUGGCGUAACUAGUUGAGGCAUCUUAAUCAUACGUCAGCGACCGGGGUUCAAAACUUACUCUACGAACCUCCGGAACCCAUUAAGACAAGAGGCAUUAUUUUAUUAAAAAGUUUUGCGAUUUUUUUUAUGAUUGCGAUGUCUGCUGAAAAGAAAAGUUAAUAUGUGAAUUCGUGGUUCAGCGCGCACACACGCGCACACACACACACACACACACACACACACACACACACACACACACACACACACAUUUUUUACAUUUACAUAAUAGGGCUCGGGCACACGCCUUGCAUUCUAGGAAUAUCGCAGCCAUUGGUAUAACACUGAACGUAAUAUCCAUUCGUUCAGAUGCACAAGACAAGAAGCAGAAAUAUAGUAGCGAUUUAUUCUUUUCCUCUUGCGAUCGUGGGUUGCACUGUUACACCCCACUACACAGCAACAUACUACCAAGAAGGCAAAAACUAAGUAACAGGAACACACUAAAAGGCGGGAGUAAAUCCAUAGUAAUCCAUAGUAAACUAAGGAGUGAAGCUGCCAAUGUGGCUGUGCCCGCGAAGUUUUGAUGUCUUGAUCCCGAGCCCUGUGUCAGGAAGUGUCUGUCGAGAGAGAGGGGGAAGGGAGGCAAUCGUCCUCAAUGCCUCAUAUAGGUAGGCUAUAAUGUCUAGUGAACUGGUUAGACAAGUGUGGGGGAGGGGGAAUGAUCGCACAAGACAAUUGCUCUUCAUGAAAUGGGUAGUCUCACAGACGUUUGUCGAUGUUUAAACGUAGCCUACUACAUCACUUGCGAAAUCGUGAAAAGACGUGGCACAUAGAAUUAUUAGGCUACUGGAUUUAAUAUAGCAAGUCCAUAGACUUUGUUCAUCCUAUAUUAGCCUAUAUUAAAAUGUAAUGUGCUGCGGGGAAGCAUUGGGGAAGUCAGUUUAAGUUGUCCUGUAACAAUUUGCCUCUUAUUAUAAUCAAGAGUAUGCAGCCACUACGCACAUAAUAGCCUAGGUUAUUACCCCAUGCAAAAGAAGGCCUUGAGUUAACGGACUGAAGGCCUGUUAAACAUGUCAUGUCAAACAUGCAUUAAAUCUAAGAAACGAAAAACACAAAUAUCAUGUAUUGUGUGGUAAACAGUUAAUGACUUCGUGGCUGGCCACUAUGCGCAACUGCAUCGCGCAGUGAGCUGAAGGAUAGGAGGACUGACACUUAUUAACACAAAGCUUUGUAAAGCACUAACAACCACCCCUCAAAGUUCAUUGUCCAUAAGUCCAAACAAUAAGUAUAAAAAUCCGACAAUCCAAAACGAUAACGAGAUCUCCCAGAAACGAAAAACAAGUUUGUUGAGUAGCCUAGUCCUUCCAACAAUCUCAGCUUUUGCGUUUGUUAGAUAAAAGGCAUUCUGUCCUGCUGUACUCCAAUGAGAAAAAAUCAUCCACAAGGUAGGCUAAGGGUCACGGUAAUGCAGCAUGCAGGAAUCUAUAUACGCACAAAACGAAUGAAUGGGUUAUAUCGGCCAAAACGAAUGAAUGGGUUGGGAGAGUCGUCUGGCUGUGUCAGCAGACUGCAGUCGGUCUCGAGGGGUUAAAUAGCGCACGUACUUGAAUUUUAAUCUGAAGAAGACCACACGGUCGAAACGUCAUUCCUUUGUGAUAAAGAAAAUAAAAUCAAAUCAAAAAAGAAGGAUUUCAAGUGUGCGAACCUUUUUCCAUUUUUUAUGAUUUAGCCUACUCUUGUUCUGCACCUUGACCGGGGAUGUGCACAAACUUUUUUACUACACUUGAAUUUUAAACCAACUCUUCUCUAGCCUAUAUCCUAUAGCCAUACUUUAAUAAUCAGAUGUUAUGCUCAUUUUUGUAGGCUACACCUCACCGGCAAGCACGCACGCAAAUGCUGCUUUUGCACAUCUACAAUAUUGGCCAGGCUAUAUAGAAUAGGCUUUUAGGACUGUAUUUUGCCUUCGUGCAACUUCAGAUGUGCUCAAUCUAAAUUGUCCAAUCCUAAUUUUGUCAGUAAGGAUAGGUCAUAUUACCAAAUGGCGAACCUCGAAAAUUAUUUAGGAUAUAGAGCCGUGUCCAUUACGCAUGCAGUUAUUUGUUAGGCUAUUGUUUUAUUUGAGUGUUUUUGUCUACCAUGGCAAACAUAGUUGAAACGUUCGCUCUAAACUUAUGUAUUUCCAAUCGGCUUUCACAAUCAGCUACAGCUGCGGCGCGGCGCAGAUGAUCGCCAUGAAAACUUGCAAUGUCUUUACAGAACUGCUUUCACUUCCCCGAGUCGCGAACGCAACAUGCACAACAACCGAUAUUUAGCAAACACAUGUAUUUCCAGCUCUCAAAACCGAUGAGGUCCAGAUCUCAGUGUCCUCAUAUAGCUGCCUACAGCCAUGCAUAGUAAGCCUAAUGAUAGCCUAAUAGUUAUGACAUUAAUAGCCUAUUAAUGACCUCAUGUCGGAAUGGCACGUUGUUUGAAAAAAAAAAAAAAGUUAAAUAGGCCUAGGCCUACCGCCGAGUGGGGAUAUGUCGGAAUGAACAGCGGAUACCAGCUGGGUUGUAAAACAUUACUGUAGGCUAUUCGUUGAUCUUAUCGAUGCAGUCCUUGCGGCCACUUCUCCCCAUCGUAGGAAACUUUCUGCUUAGUGUUGACAACACAAAGGCCUUCACGUUGUGUGGCAGUGCUUGCUUGCCCUUCGAUCCAUCCCAGUUGGUGGUUUUGCACCUGUCCCUGAGUUAUAGUCUAUGAGUAAGCGCUUAUGCUCUAACCGCAUAAUAAAAGAAGCACCUGCAGCAGUGCUUAUGGCAAGGCUAUUAACACCUGUCACUGAGCUAUGGACAACCAGUUAUGCUCGAAAAUUAUCAUAAUAACAGACACACCUAAUUGUAUGGCUCUACGUUUAAACACAUCAAAUUAGCAAGCAUUUCCGCAGCAACGUUUGCUUUCUUUUUCUGUCGGUCCGCGGUUGCUUGGUCAAUUGCGCAGCAAAUUGACCAUUACAUUACUUAUAUAGCCUAUUUCUUACAACGAAACGCGAAGAAAAAAUACGAGGACUGACCAUCUCGUUUCUCCGCGUUUCCCCCAAUACCAUGGCGACAAAGAGAAAUAAAUAUGAUUUGACAUUUAAGCUGAUAGCUGACAAAUUUGCCACACAAUUCGGGAGAAGCAGCGGACAGGAGCGCCACCACAAGCAAGCACUUCUAGCCCAAAUUAACAUGGCAACGUUGCCUAUGACUAAAGUGUCUAAGUAGGCUAGUCCUACUAAUAUUACAUUUGAUUGGUAGCAUGUUUGUAGCGCGCCAGUUUACCCAUCCCCUACAUCAAAACAGCUUAGAAUCAAUCAAAGAAUCAGCUGUGUCGGCGUUAGGCUGUAGGCGAUUUUCUAUAACCAUUUUCAUUCAUUUCAACAAUGGUUCAUUGAAACGUCGUUUGAAUAAUUUCGCCAGUCAUCACCUUCAUUGUUAUGAUUAAAUGAGAUUAAGGAGUCGACUAUUGACGGAUAUGCGGUCUUCAUCAUUUUGAAAUGCGGGAUGAAACUUUCUGCCACCUGGUGGUUGUUUGGGUACAUUGCCUUAGCCUCGAAAAAAAUCGGCUUGACGGCCUGCGGGAUCUCUUCGGGAGUCCCGCGGGAGAAGGUGCAUUCUCAACCCGUACCCACUGUAUGUGUGUAUAUGCAUGUUUGUGUGCAUGUGUGUAUGUAUGCGUGUGUGUGCAUGUGUGUAUGCAUGUGUAUGUGUGUGUGUGUGUGUGUGUGUGUAUACGCAUGUGUGUGUGUGUGUGUACACAUGUGAGUGUGUGUGUGUGUAUGUGUGUGUGUGUGUGCGCGUAUAUACACGUGUGUGUGUGUGUGUGUGUGUGUGUGUGUGUGUGUGUAUACACGUGUGUGUGUGUGUGUGUGUGUGUGUGUGUGUGCGCGCUUGUAUACACGCGCGUGUGUGUGUGUAUAUGAGCAUGUGUGUGUGUGUGUAUACACAUGUGUGCAUGUGUGUGUGUAUACACGUGUGUGUGUGUGUGUGUAUACAUGUGUGUGUGUGUGUGUGUAUAUGCGCGCGUGUGUGUGUGUGUGUGUGUGUGUGUAUACACAUGUGUGUGUGUGUGUGUGUGUAUACACGUGUGUGUGUGUGUGUGUGUGUAUACACGUGUGUGUGUGUGUGUGUGUGUGUAUACAUGUGUGUGUGUGUGUGUGUGUGUGUGUGUGUAUACACAUGUGUGUGUGUGUGUGCGUGUGUGUGUGUGUGUGCUGUAAAGUCCACUGCAGAGACAGCUGAGGCCCCUGAUGGUGAGCAGGCCAGACACGGGACCAUCGGGAGGAAGAUGAAGGCCAUCUCCAUGACGAUGCGCAAACGCAUGGGCAGGAAGUACAUCACAGCCCUGUCGGAGGAAGCGAGAGAGGACCCGGAGGGAGACCACGAGGCCGAGGGGGACGCGGACGCCGCCGCUGCUCUGGCCAAAGCCUGCAGGAGGUCCAGCAACUCCCUGGAGAGCCUGUACAGCCGCCACAGUGGACACAGCUCCAGCCUCUACAGCCGCCACAGUGGACAGAGUUCCUCCAGUGGGAUCACGAGCGGUUCUGAGGUGUCCAGCAACAGAGACAGCCUGCGUCUGGAGGAGGAGGUUCCGUACACGGGCCAGUUCUGCGGCCGCGCCCGCGUGCACACCGACUUCGUGCCCAGCCCCUACGACACCGAGUCCCUCAGACUCAAGGUGGGGGACGUGAUUGAGGUCAUCAGCAGGCCAGCCAUGGGCAUCUGGACGGGCAGGCUGAACGGCCGCGUGGGCAGCUUCAAGUUCAUCUACGUGGACAUGCUGGUGGAGAAGGAGCCGGAGCCGCGGAGGAGGACCACGUCCCAGGGCAGGAGUCGCCGGCCGCGCCCCAACACCCUGCUGGAGCUGCUGGCAUGCCUCGACCUGGAGGAACACGCCUCCUCUCUGAUGCUGAACGGGUACCAGACGGUGGAUGACCUGAAGGAGCUGAAGGAGCAGCAUCUGAUCGAGCUCAACAUGAUGGACCCCGAGCAGCGGCACCGGCUGCUGAACGCCACAGAGAGUCUCCAGGAACCCAAGGCCCCAAAAGACGGCGAGGCUGACGAGGAGGCCACGUCUCCGUGCGAGGCCCAGAAGGCGGAGUUGAAGGAGUUGAAGGAGUGUCCGCGCGACUCGGGGUGCUACAUCCCCUCCGACGUCUCCGACAGCAGCAGCAAAGACGAUACACUCAACAGCUCACCAGCAGAAGCCUGACGCCUGGACUCACCCACACACACACACACAUACACACACACACACACCCAUAACAUGCACACACACACACCCAUAACAUGCACAUACACACGCAUACACACCCAUAACAUGCACAUACACACACAUACACACCCAUAAACACCCAUAACAUGCACAUACACACGCAUACACACCCAUAACAUGCACACACACACAUACACACAGAUAAACACCCAUAACAUGCACACACACACACAUACACACGCAUACACACCCAUAACAUGCACACACACACAUACACACGCAUACACACCCAUAACAUGCACACACACACACACAUACACACGCAUACACACCCAUAACAUGCACACACACACACAUACACACGCAUACACACCCAUAACAUGCACACACACACACAUACACACGCAUACACACCCAUAACAUGCACACACACACACAUACACACGCAUACACACCCAUAACAUGCACACACACACACAUACACACACAUACACACCCAUAACAUGCACACACACACACAUACACACCCAUAACAUGCACACACACACAUACACACCCAUAACAUGCACACACACACAUACACACCCAUAACAUGCACAUGCACACAGAUGCGGACGAGACUCCAAAGCCCUCUGGGCUGCUCUGUCCACGUGUGCUGCCAUCCCUUCAGCUGGACACCGCUGCAGCUCGGACAUCACAUCACGUCACAUGACAUCAGGUCACAUGACAUCACAUCACGUCACAUGACAUCACAUCACAUGACGUCACAUGACGUCAAGUGACGUCACGUCACAUCACAUCACAUCACAUGACAUCACGACUCAUGACAUCACAUCACAUCACAUGACAUCACAUCACAUCACGUCACAUCACAUGACAUCAGGUCACAUGACAUCACAUCACGUCACAUCACAUGACAUCAGGUCACAUGACAUCACAUCACGUCACAUGACAUCACAUCACAUGACGUCAAGUGACGUCACGUCACAUCACAUGACAUGACAUAACGACACAUGACAUCACAUCACAUCACAUCACAUGACAUCACAUCACAUCACAUGACGUCACAUGACAUGACAUCACGGCACAUGACAUCACGACACAUGACAUCACGUCGCAUCACAUGACGUCACAUCACAUGACAUCACAUCACGUCACAUGACAUCACAUCACGACACAUGACAUCAAGACACAUGACAUCACGUCACAUCACAUGACAUGACAUCACGACACAUGACAUCACGUCACAUCACAUGACAUCACAUCACAUGACAUCACAUCACGUCACAUGACAUCACAUCAUGACACAUGACAUCACAUCACAUCACGUCACAUCACAUGACAUCACAUCACGUCACAUGACCACAUCACGACACAUGACAUGACAUCACGUCACGUCACAUGACAUCACGUCACAUCACAUGACAUCACAUCACGUCACAUGGCCAGACUGCAGUUCUUCUGUAGCAUUGGACUGUUGUACUGUGUGUGUGCUAGCAGCAUGUGGAUCUGCAUUCUGCACCCUAUGCUGUGUAGGAUUUAGAAGCAUUUCACAGUUGGAGAUUGUUCUGGUGGACGUGUGUAAGAGGAGGAAAUGUUCUGGUUUGUUUCUUCUAUAGAGACUUCAGUGUGGUGUUCAUAGCAAUAAUAAAAACACACACACACUCAGCCCAGAGGUCAUCUGAUACGGCCCCGUGCUGCCCCCUGGAGGUCAACUCUGUUUAUUACUCUGCUGUUGUGCUCUUGAACACAGCAGCUCUGUACAUAACUCUGGUGUUGUGCUCUUGAACACAGCAGCUCUGUUUAUAACUCUGGUGUUGUGCUCUUGAACACAGCAGCUCUGUUUAUAACUCUGGUGUUGUGCUCUUGAACACAGCAGCUCUGUUUAUAACUCUGGUGUUGUGCUCUUGAACACAGCAGCUCUGUAGCUCUGGUGUUGUGCUCUUGAACACAGCAGCUCUGUACAUAACUCUGCUGUUGUGCUCUCGAACACAGCAGCUCUGUACAUAACUCUGGUGUUGUGCUCUUGAACACAGCAGCUCCGUUUAUAACUCUGGUGUUGUGCUCUUGAACACAGCAGCUCUGUUUAUAACUCUGGUGUUGUGCUCUUGAACACAGCAGCUCUGUUUAUAACUCUGCUGUUGUGCUCUUGAACACAGCAGCUCUGUAGCUCUGGUGUUGUGCUCUUGAACACAGCAGCUCUGUUUAUAACUCUGGUGUUGUGCUCUUGAACACAGCAGCUCUAUUUAUAACUCUGGUAUUGUGCUCUUGAACACAGCAGCUCUGUUUAUAACUCUGGUGUUGUGCUCUUGAACACAGCAGCUCUAUUUAUAACUCUGGUGUUGUGCUCUUGGCCAAAGGCAUGACUGAGACCAUCCUGUUCUAUUUUAUGUAUAAAAUAAAUAUUCUGAAUGGUCAUAACAAAUACUGCAGUUGAU